CCAGCCUCCCUCUCUUUGCCCACCCCGCAGCAGCGACCCCUGAAACAGUCCCUGGGAAGCUCGCUGUGCCGCGAGUCGCACUGGAAGUGCCUGCUGCUCACGCUGCUCAUCCACGCCUGCGGGGCCGUGGUGGCCUGGUGCCGCCUGGCCACGGUGCCGCGGCUGGUCCUGGGCCCCGAGGCCGCCCUGGCGCGCGGGGCCGGGGGCCCGCCACCCACCUACCCGGCCAGCCCCUGCUCCGACGGCUACCUGUACAUCCCGCUGGCCUUCGUCUCGCUCCUCUACCUCCUGUACCUGGCCGAGUGCUGGCACUGCCACGCACGCUCCUGCCGGGCGCCGCGCACCGACGCGGGCACGGUGCUGGCGCUGAUCCGCCGGCUGCAGCAGGCGCCGCCCUGCGUGUGGUGGAAGGCCACCAGCUACCACUACGUGCGCCGCACGCGCCAGGUCACCCGCUACCGCAACGGCGACGCCUACACCACCACGCAGGUGUACCACGAGAGGGCUGACAGCCGCACGGCCCGCGGCGAGUUCGACUACUCUGCCCACGGCGUCCGCGACGUGUCCAAGGAGCUGGUGGGCCUGGCGGAGCACGCGGCCACGCGCCUGCGCUUCACCAAGUGCUUCAGCUUCGGCAGCGCCGAGGCCGAGGCCUCGUACCUCACGCAGCGGGCGCGCUUCUUCAGCGCCAACGAGGGCCUGGACGACUACCUGGAGGCCCGCGAGGGCAUGCACCUGAAGGACGUGGACUUCCGCGACUCGCUCAUGGUCUUCGCCGACCCGCGCAGCCCGCCCUGGUACGCGCGCGCCUGGGUCUUCUGGCUGGUGUCCGCCGCCACGCUGUCGUGGCCGCUGCGCGUCGUGGCGGCCUGCGGCACGGGGGUCUUCCGGAGCCUCAGCGGGGGGCCGCUGGGGCGCCGUGGAGAGGACACCGAGCCCCUGGAGAGCCCCCCCUGCUACGAGGACGCCCUCUACUUCCCGGUGCUCAUUGUCCAUGGCGACAGUGGCUGCCGGGGGGACGGGCAGGGCGCGCUCUGAGGCCCCGUGGCCCCCGGGGCCGCUCCCCGCCCCACCACCCCCACCCGGGGCUUCGGCGCCCAGUAACUGUUGUCUAAGAUGGGGGGAUGGAGACCGGCGUGGAGGGGUGGGGGAGGGGUGGACCUUCAAAUGCAACGACCCGGGGUCCUCUUGGGGGAAGUGGCCUCCACCCAAGCUGAGCCUGACCCGUCCCAGCAUGGCCCCGCCCUUGCACCACGUUCCACCCCCUGCCACGACAGGUGAUCUGGCUUGGAUGGGGGGGCUCCUGGGGACAGCCGUUGCCUCAGCAAAAGGCCUCCGAGCCCUCAUGCCACCCAGAAGCACAAAUUGGCAGUCUGGGGCCAACUCCCGUUGGCCGACCAGCCGGCCGCAGCGCGCCCCCAAGGCCCCAUCCUGCUCCCCGACAGGCCCCCACGCCUGCCCGGCCCCUCUGCUGGGCCAGUCCCUGAGAGCACAGUCCCCGGCCCCGCACCCGGUGGGCUUUCCCCGGCACCUCGCGGGACAUCCAGCCCAGGGCCCUCCUCAGCCCCGUCCUCCGGUCUCCACCGGCCCCUGAAGUCCAUCUCCCGGCAGCCACGCACACACCCUCAUCGCCCCCUCUCUGCUCUUGGCCCUCCCGAUGACCCCGGGUCAGGGCGUCCGAGGGGCCACGGCCUCUUGACGACGCCCUUGCUCUCCCAUGGGGGCCCCUGCUUCCCCAGGGUGGGGUGGCCCUUCCCUUCCCUUCCAUCUGGGGCUCCACCCUCUCAGGGCCGGUGGGGGAGGGAGGAGGCAGAGAAGAUGCAGAUCAAAUAAAAGGUUUGAACCGGGU